AUGGGAGUGUUCACGUUUGUGUGCAGGGGUUCUGGAGACGACUGGAAUGCGAAGCAGGUGAAGGGUGACCUUGAGGCCUCGGCGGGGUCUACCUUCGAGUUGCAGAGGAAGCUCGUUCAGGCUGCCCUUUCUUGUGACUCCUCUGGUGGGGUUCAAUCGUCUUUCUCAUUUGUCACCCCUUCCUCCGCUGUUUUCCAGGUGAUUAUUGGAGGCGGCGGUGGUGGUGGUUUCAUUGGAGCUGGUGGAGCUGCUGCUGCUGCAGCUCCUGCAGGUGGGGCAGCAGCUGCUGAAGCACCUCCGGCUGAGGAGAAAAAAGAAGAGAAAGAGGAGAGUGACGAGGAUAUGGGAUUCUCACUCUUUGACUGAAGGGUCUUUAUUUACCAUGUUUGUUUUCUGCCAAGUUUUUAGUUUUUGUUUAUUUUCAGAAGUUUUGAUAGUGUUGGAUCACGGGAUUUAGCAGUUUAGGGACGGUUUGGAUUUUUAGUAAUGAACUUCAUUGGGCAGUUCCUUGUGGUUUUUGGUUUUGGUCAUAUCUAUGUUGAAAACGUACAGGAAACUUGCAUUUUCCGGCUUACAAAGAGCUGGGCCUUGUUUGGUCUGUGUUUUAAAAUGUAGUAUUUAAAAAU